CAUUCUCAUUCAUAGAUUUAAGAGCAUCUGACAGUGAGUCAAAGGUAGCUCCUCCUUUACUGUCAACAUUAUCAGCUUUACGUAACCACUUGGAGAGAAAUUCUAUGAAACAUCGAGAUACAUCACCAGGAUGAUUCUUUUCAAUGGCGUCUAGUGUGUUAUUGUGUAGUCCUAGUCUCAGUCCCAGCUCAUGCCAUCUUGUCUGAGGGAAAUCACAUCUCUUUAACAGGUAAAGUACAUCAAUAAGUUGAUCUAUAAAACAUAAUAUAUAAAUAUACUACAGACUACAGUUAAUGGAUUAUUACGAAUAGUCAAUGGAGAAGUGAAGAGAGAAGGAGAACUGCUGCUGCUUUUGGUAGCCAUUGCGUUUGCAAGAAGAUCAGGGUGGGGCUGGUUAAUUAUAAAAACAAGGUGUGGCAAAUGACGUCAUUGUAAACUAAUCAAAAUGGCGGCCGUUAGGGUAGAGCUAACUUGUGAUACAUAUCUUUGCUGCCUCACUCACGCCAUGUCCACUGAAAGAGAAGAAGUGAUGGGUCUAUUACUAGGAGAAAUAAUAGAAGAAGGAGAAGUUGCUGUAGUUCAAGUGUUUUCACUGUACAUGAUGAGGAGACUUGAUAAACAACCUGACUUAUGUAAUGUACAUGUACAUUUCAUGUUUUCAGAUGUUCGUACUCAGGCUAAUUACCAGUUGAUGGGCCGUCAUUUUGUUGGUCUCAUUUUCUCUUGUUUUGAAGAAAUUGAUAAAAAAUGCUCCACUAAAGUUAUCUGUUUUCAAUCAAUUCCAAAACUAAACGAUCCUUUAAAUUAUGAACAUGUUACAUUAGAGUGUAAGGUGGUCCCUACAGUACAGGGGACUGUGAGUCCUAUGGCUUCAUCUGGUCUCAUUAGAUUAUUAAAUAUAUUAAUUGAAGAAGAGAAGCAUUCAUAUGAGAACAACCAGAAGUUCAGUAGUGAUGAGCUAACACUGUUGCAUAACGGAGCAGUUUAUGUUCAAAGUCUGUCUCAAUUACUUCAAGUGAUUGGAGCUCCUUUAUUGCAGUUAUUACAGGAAUUAUUAAUUAAUAAUAAUAAUGUUAUUAAUAAGUUAGAGAAAGAGAGAGAUAGACUAUUAGUGUCGCUAAGCACUGAGGGAGAGUCCGUCUAAUUAUUAUUAUUAUUAUUAUUAUUAUUAUUAUUAUUAUUACUGUCACUUUUUAAUACGACCUACCCUUAGCUUAUUAAUAGUUAUUGUUUCGCUUAUAAUGUAUGUGUUUGUGGAGCCUGCAAUAUAAUUUAUAGACACUCUCA